UAUUUUAAGCGGAAAUCUUACACAAAUACACGAUAGGGCACGAACACAAAGCAUCAUAGCUUUCAGAGUUUUGACCUACAACACUCCAAUCCUCUCUUCUCGUGUUGUAGCCAGCCGUCACCAUCAAUGGCGGAAACUGCUGCCGACAAAUCUCAAUCUCUCGCCGAGCAAUAUUAUGUGAAUGACAAGCAGGAGAAGACAGUUGUGACUGAAAAACCUGUUGAAGUCAACGAAGUUGAAAACCCAAAGGAGGCUGCUUCUGGGGAAUCUGUGGCUGAGAAAAUUGUGGAAGCAGUAACUCCUGUUGCCCCUGCAGUUGCUCAGGAAAGCAGUGAAGUCACCCCUCCUCCUGCUGCUGAAGAAAACACCGAAGAGCAAAGUAGUGGAAAUGCUGAAGAAAAUUCUGGAAAUGAAGAUGCAGCUGAAGAGACCCCUGAAAUUAAGCUUGAAACUGCCCCAGCCGAUUUCCGUUUUCCAACUACAAAUCAAACCAGGCAUUGCUUUACCCGUUACAUUGAAUAUCAUCGAUGUAUAGCUGCCAAGGGAGACGGUGCAUCAGAAUGUGACAAGUUUGCUAAAUAUUAUCGUUCUCUUUGCCCCGGUGAAUGGGUUGACAGAUGGAAUGAGCAAAGGGAGAAUGGAACAUUCCCAGGCCCACUGUAGGUGGUGCAUAUCUUAAAUAGCUGCACAAUUCACUUGCAGUAUUUACAUUUAAAAUUUCUAGAGAUAAAACUCCCAUACAUUUGGGGAUGUACGCAUUGGUUUAAUAAGAAAUUUUGGCUGUCUAUUUAAACUAUAAGCUUGAGUUGAACAAUUUUCAGGAAACACUUCUGGUGAAAUGUCCAGAGAUAUGUUAUAAUAUAACUGGAUUCUUUACGCAAA